AACCCUUACGCCAUAUGCGUAGAACGAAAGCGUCCCAAAAAUCGCCUCAGUCAUACAACCAGGAAGAAGGUGGUAUAGCCCUGCUAAGCUAACACCCCCGAUCUCUCGGCACACUUUCUCCGAAAAGAAUGGGAUCAUCCAGGUGGAGGGUGGCAGCUGCGGUGUUCCUCAGUCUACUAGGCUCCUUGUCACUUGUCGAAGGAGAUGAGCACGAACACACAUACACAGAUAAGGAGGAGAUAGUAUUAUGGAUGAACACAGUAGGGCCUUACCACAACCGACAGGAGACAUACAAGUAUUUCUCUUUACCCUUCUGUGUGGGUGCAAAGAAAACCAUCAGUCACUACCAUGAAACACUUGGAGAAGCUUUGCAAGGAGUGGAACUGGAAUUUAGUGGCCUUGACAUCAAGUUCAAAGAUGAAGUAUUACAGAAAACGUAUUGCGAAAUUGAGCUGGACAAAGUCAAACGGGAUGCUUUUGUAUAUGCCAUAAAGAAUCACUACUGGUACCAAAUGUACAUCGAUGACCUGCCUAUCUGGGGUAUUGUUGGAGAGGCAGAUGAAAAUGGAGAAGAUCACUACCUGUGGACUUACAAGAAAUUGGAAAUUGGCUUUAACGGCAACAGAAUUGUUGAUGUCAACCUAACUAGUGAGGGCAAAGUUCGACUUGUGCCUAACACAAGGAUUGCAAUGUCUUACUCUGUGAAAUGGAAGAAGUCAGAUGUGAAAUUUGAGGACAGAUUUGACAAGUACCUCGAUCCAUCCUUCUUUCAGCACAGGAUACAUUGGUUCUCUAUCUUCAACUCCUUUAUGAUGGUAAUCUUCUUGGUGGGUCUGGUGUCCAUGAUUUUGAUGAGAACCCUCAGAAAGGAUUAUGCCAGGUACAGCAAAGAGGAGGAAAUGGAUGACAUGGACCGCGACCUGGGAGAUGAAUACGGCUGGAAACAGGUGCAUGGAGACGUCUUCCGGCCCUCGAGCCAUCCGCUGAUUUUCUCUUCACUCAUUGGUUCCGGCUGCCAGAUCUUCUCUGUAUCUCUCAUUGUCAUAAUUGUAGCAAUGGUUGAAGAUCUGUAUACAGAGAGAGGAUCAAUGUUGAGCACAGCCAUUUUUGUAUAUGCCGCCACAUCCCCUGUCAAUGGCUACUUUGGUGGAAGCUUAUAUGCCAAACAAGGAGGAAGAAGGUGGAUCAAGCAAAUGUUUAUCGGGGCCUUCAUGAUCCCAGCAAUGGUGUGCGGAACUGCCUUCUUCAUUAACUUCAUUGCAAUCUAUUACCACGCCUCCAGAGCAAUCCCAUUUGGCACCAUGGUGGCAGUUUGUUGUAUCUGCUUCUUCGUCAUUCUGCCGCUAAACCUGGUGGGAACAAUUUUAGGGAGGAAUAUUUCCGGCCAGCCAAACUUUCCAUGCAGGGUGAACGCCGUGCCGAGGCCGAUCCCAGAAAAGAAAUGGUUCAUGGAGCCAGCUGUCAUCGUCUGUCUAGGUGGAAUCCUUCCUUUCGGUUCCAUCUUCAUUGAAAUGUAUUUUAUCUUCACAUCUUUCUGGGCCUAUAAAAUCUAUUAUGUGUAUGGCUUCAUGAUGCUGGUCCUGGUUAUCCUUUGCAUUGUGACUGUGUGUGUCACCAUCGUGUGCACGUACUUCUUGCUCAAUGCAGAGGACUACAGAUGGCAAUGGACAAGCUUCCUGUCUGCUGCAUCCACGGCAGUUUAUGUUUACAUGUAUUCAUUUUACUACUAUUUCUUCAAAACUAAGAUGUACGGGCUGUUCCAGACAUCCUUCUACUUUGGUUACAUGGCUGUGUUUAGCACUGCUCUUGGAAUCAUGUGUGGUGCAGUUGGAUACAUGGGAACAAGUGCCUUUGUGAGGAAGAUAUACACAAAUGUGAAAAUAGACUAAUGUAGCACGGCAAGGUGGAUCAUGGUCACAGAAUGGCCUGCGUGUAUCCUGGAAGAUGGCCGGCACACAACAUCCUUUAUUAGUUUUCUUUCUUGCAAAGAGAUUGUGAGAAUCUCACUUUAUACAAUGUAGUUUUCCAUUUUCUGAAUGAAUUUCAAAGCUGCAAAACGAGGCGAUCAGAUGCAAAGCUGCCGAUGAGGCAUCAAAUAAGGUUCUGUUUUUAUCAGUUGCUUUCAUACAAAUAUUGGGGGCAAAUGUUAAGGCUUAUGUGGCUUCUCUUCCUAACCAGUCCCACCUGAGACCAGACUACAUACAUGUUUAUGGAUGGAAUAGUGCAGCUCUCUUCAGUGAAGAGGCCUAAGUAUAUUUGAAAGCCUUUAUUUGUUCUAUUGUGUCAGAAUAACGAAGUCUGCUUUGUGCCCAUAUUCUGACCUGAUUUCUAUUUUGUAUUCUUGAAGUCAAUUCACAGUAACGUUAGUGCAUAGUGCAGUACUUUGUUCCCAUUUCCUUCCACUGCAGAAAAGUUGCUGUCAUACGAGUCAUUCCCCUAUUUUGGCGGCUCUAUAAUUUCCUGUUACAGUGAUCCAUCCAGUUGAAAUGUUCGAGUCCUGCUGUAGUUCACCGUGGACGUAAAAAUUGAAGGCCUGAUCAGCAGUUGAGGUACAGAAUCAGUCUUUAAAUGGAUGUGAUGCUCUCUCCCAGGUUCAGUCUUGUUUUCUUAAUGUUGGGUUUGAAGUAUGUCUACAUGUAAAGAUAAUAUAUGUAUGAGGGGAGUGUAUAUAACCUUAAUGUACCUUUAGAUGUAGAUCCCAAAAUGUUAUUUUUGUUGUACAGAUUUACGAUAGGGUGUUUUUGUUUUUAAACGAAUCAGCUUAAGACAAAAGGUAUAUUGUGCUUGGGGUGGGGCUGGUGGUGCUCUUUCAUCUUGCCUGAAAUUGCAUGAGGUUUUCACCAAACCAUCGAGUGAUCAAAUUGUUUCACAGGAUCACCGUCACAAUGGAAGGAUGCAUUGUGGAGGCAGGCUGGUCCACUUGGGUUCCCAUCUUGAUUUUGUAUUAUUCAAAGCUUUAAAAAGGCUCCACAUCUCAUUAGCCCUUAUUUUGUUACCUAACACAACACGUGUGAAUGUCCAAAUGAAUAAGCUUUGUUUUCACAUACUGUACAAAAAGUACCCCUCCAUAACCACACGGAGUGCUGCAGUCUUUAAAAAUUUAAUUUACCCUUACAUAUUGUGUAAAUACAGUAUGUGACCUACUUGUACUCCUUUCUCAGUUUCAAUUCUUCCACACUGACGUUGAUUUUGACACCUCAUGUGUAUUAAUGUCUGAUGACAUUCUCAUCCUGCAUAUUGUUGUAAAAAGGAAAUAAAACAUGUUUAUGUACAGGGGGUUGUGAUCUUAGGCCUUUUAUCUUCAAAAUUGGAGUAGCACUUGUGCGCCAACAUUGGUUGACUACUAUUCCUCAUGAAUUUUUAUUAGCAUAUUUAUCCAUGUUAUUGUACAUUAAACGGAAAACAACAGACUAAGUGCUUUACAAUCAGUUGACUUUCUCAAAGUACUCUUUAGAUCCUUCAGGGGUUGGUUUGAUCUGAAAUGAGCGAGGAAAAAUUAUUUUCUAACGCAGAGUUUGUAAACAAUAGUAAAUGAAUAGACUGAAAAAUACUAUAAACUCACUGUUGGUGACUUGGGGGUCCAACUAGCUGGACACACCUCACCAUGGGUCUCCACAAACUGGAACGCUUUUACAAGGCGAAGGGUCUCUUCAACACAACGACCCACAGGCAGGUCGUUUACACUCAUAUGCUUCACCACACCGCUUGGAUCAAUGAUGAACAGACCCCUAAAAUGAACGUUAAAACACAAAUGAAAAAUGGUGGACACAAACAUUGAUCCCUCAUUUUGUCGAUAUAUAUGUUGGGGGUCUGAAGCUUAAUAUUGAUGCUGCAGUACCUCAGAGCAAUGCCUGGGUUCUCCAACAGCACACCAUAAUCUCUGGAAAUCUGCUUGUUGAGGUCCGCAAGCAGAGGGAUGUGAAUGCUGCCCAAACCGCCAGCCUUCAACAUGAAAACACUGUAAUUAAGAUGGACUACAACUUUGAAAUGAUCAAGAUAGUGCCGUUAAAAGGUAUUUCCCUGCUUCCUCAUUUGUAUUUCAUUUUAAUAUCAAUUCAUUUGUAAAGACUAGUCUUAAAGCAAAAAUUUCAGUCAUCAAUUGUUAACUACUGAUUUUGGUGGUGUAUGUUGAACUUCAACAUACCUUGCGAGGGGUGUUAAUCCACGCCAAAUGUGUAAAGUGAGAGUCCACAGACACCCCCACUACCUCACAGUUGAUGUCAUGGAACUCACUAGCCUUGUCGCUGAAUGAGAUGAUUUCCGUCGGGCACACAAAGGUGCUAUAAUAAAACAAAAGAUUUUUUUUGGUACAGAGACAUUUGAGAUUGUUUGUGGCUCACACAGUUAUAAAUUGUCUUGUGUUUUUUCUUUUCUUUUUUUAAGCCUUUACAUCUAUUGGUGAAGAUAAUCCUUGACUGAUCCUCCAUAGGGGAAAUUUGGGUACUUCAGCAGCACACACUUUGUCAAAAGUAUAAAAUAUAAACUGUUUAAAAAAAAAAAAAAAAAAAGUGAUGCAAGGUAUAUACAACUAAAAUAAGUACAAGUGGAACCUAAAGUGACUGAAAAUAAAUAUGACAAAAACAUGAUGCAGUUCCAUCAGAGUGUGUGUGUGUGUGUCAGAGAGCGGAAAAGGGGUUGCGUGAGUGAGAAUGUCAUUGUCCUAAUUCAGGGACAACUGAGUGUGGACAGACAGUCCUCUGCUUAUGUACAGUCUGAUGGCGCUCAGUUCUAUAUCUAGGGAAGCCACGCGGUAAAAAGUUUUGAAACAUUGAAAGCCUCCUAAUGUAGAUUCAUUUAAAUGACGAUCACCGUUUUUCAACCACUGUGCUGUAUUGUGUGAUGUGGCACAUGUGAAAGUGGAUGAUUUUCUACAGCACAGUAGCACAGUGGCAUGGCACCAUGGCAAAACACAGGACUAGAUGAUCAUCAUGGAGAUGUUGUGAUGUUUUUCAGAUGGAGAUUUAGCACUUACAAAUCUAAUGGGUAAAAGAAGAGGACCAAGUAUUUGCCCUUGAAGUCAGCAAGGCUCAUCUCUUUGAAUUCUCCAUUAUGGACGGCUGUGGCUUUAAAAGCGGGCGCAGGCUGUGUGACAGCAGGGAUCAAUCUGCAAGCACCUGAAUGAACACAUUCAGUCAUUGCACUGUGAACUACGGUACAUUCUACUUGCAUCAAAAUUGAAUUAUUCUUCAGAGUGGUCUCAUCAGAAAUGUGCCUGUGACAAAUACAUACUAGUGGAGAGAGAGGCCUUCUGAAGAGCAGGAACGGGUACAAUUCGUUCUGCCGCACCAAUUCCAUGCCGACAUGGUCUUGCAAGUCUUGCCUGGAAAAUGAUAGCCACGAAUUACCUAAAUGAACUGCCACUGCAGCAGGCAAAACGGGCUAUUCUUGACUAUUCGCAAUGGGGAAGGCCUUGUACUAUUACCACAGUUGAUGAAAACAUUAUAAACAUACCUUUUAGAGCAGGCAUUUGCGCAAAAAUCAAGGAAAUCUUGUCUAAAAUACUGCGCUUGAUCUCGGCAUUGACAAAAACUCAAGGAUUCAAUAAUAAAAUGACUCGACAGUAAUUUAAAAAAAAAACACAUUUAGAAUAUUAUCAAAAAAUAAUAAUAAAUAAGGUGAUCAUAAAAUGAUCACGAAAGAGGACAGUUUAUUAAAAACAAUAAUACAUAAUAGGAGGUCAAGUGGUGCGCACUUGUUAAUUUUAGUUUCGUAAUCUCUUAAUAUGCGGCAAAUCCUGGAGGCAAGUACAGCGACCGACAGACCAGUUAUCCUUAUAAUGUUUGCUGAAUGACAUGUGCUUGACAGAAAGAUGCUGCAAAUGUUAUAUUUUUAUGUGAUCUUAUUGUAAUUAUUCAAUCACACUUCACUUGCGAAAGAGGUCAAGAUCAGGUUGCACGCAGGCGAAUGUGCGACACACAGUAUGUCAAUACAGCAAUUGUUGAGUCUCCUUUUAAAGCAUCUCUGUUUAGGUUUCAUCGCGGACAUUACAUCGUACAGGUAAACUAAUUUUAACCCUUUUCGUGACGCAAUUUUAAGUAAAGUUGUCAACUCACAGACGUCCUGAAAAGUCUUCCAAUGCUGGCUGCCAUUUUGGAUGGUGUCAGAGGGAGGGCGUUGCAAGGCGUUGGGACUUCACGUUGUCGCCACACAAAUAUGUACAAUUUGGUCGUUUGCUUGUAAUUUUUGUUAAUGUUUUUUUUUUUUUUUUUUUGGUCCGAAAAAUAGACAAAAACAAAUAAAAAAUUUGUUGCAAUAAAAUAAACUAUAUCGUGAACUUGGACCUUCUGCAGAUUUCAAUUUUCCGAGUGUCCCUGAAUGGUUUGGCUGGACAUGUGACUGAACACGGAAGUAGUUCCUAAUUUGACCUCAAGAACACGUCAGCCUGCUUUUUGACAAUAUUUGUAUUUAAAAUAAAAAAUUAAACCCUCUUCAGUUGAGUUUGCAUUAAGUAACUACUGGUGCGAUGGAUGUCAACCUGUUGUACUGGAAGAGCCAAGGGGAGUCUGUGUUUAGUCGUUUAAAAAUAUGGACGAAUCUUUUGGAUCCAUUACUACUUCUGUCAUCAAAUG